ACGAGCAAUCCAAUGUGAUUACAAAAAAAACAGGAGGACAAAAAAAAAGACAGAAAAAGAAGAAGAAAAUAAGUUGAAGCAAGCAUAAACCCUAGUGACCUCAAUGGGUGGACACGCGACACGUGUCAGGAGGUGGUGAGGGUGGGCAUGGAUUUCCAAAUUCUGUGUUUUUAUUAAAGAGCGAGAGGCUCUUCCUUCCAAAGGAAGAGUGAGAUUUGGUAGAGAACAGAGGAUGAAACAGGAACAUGAACAUGAACACCAACACCAACACCAACACGAGAGUGAAGUUGCUCAAAUCCUUAUUAAGCUCCCAAAUCUUAUAUGGGAAUCGGAGUGUGGCCAUGGAAUCCUUCCACUAAAGUGGGGUGGGAAGAGGAAGAGAUCUACGAUUGCAGUUACCAUCAAAAGAGAAGCUUCGAGUCCUGCAACCCCGUUCUCCUUCUCUCCCAGUGAGUCCGAUGACAACCCCACUACACUCUUCACAGCUAACCUUUCACUCAAAACGAAGCGAGAACACUAUCUCAGGAUUAUAGAACAACUCACUAAAGACAACGCUUUGCUCUGUCGGGAGGUGAAGAAUGUGAAGUGUUAUUUUGACAAGCUGAAGGAGUUCAAUUUGAAGUUGAAAGCAAGGAAGCAAGAGCUAUGUCUUGGCCCAAAUCAAACUCAUCUCUUACAACAGCAAUUGCAAUUCACCGCCAUGCCGCACCUUCCGCCCUUCAUGGGGAAUCACACGGCUGGGGCACCCUUAAUCACAGAGGCUGAGCGCGUUGUUCGGCAACCAUGCGGACACGCAACGACGUCGUCGGGAGCGCCGUCCAACAGUGGCGGUGCAAUGGGCCUGGGCCACUGCAACAGUAAUAACGAGGUGGGCCCAAAUGGAAUUCCUGAUCUGAAUUUACCACUUGAUGAGUCGAUGACAAUGGAGUGUUGUGAAGCGUCGGAUGUGAAUGUGAAGAAAGAUCUGAGUAGGGCUGUGGCAGCUCAAGCUCGAAAGAAUAGGCUUCAGAUUUAUAGGUUGAAGAAUCCAUUCGGAAAUAGUAAAACCCGUUUUUCUUGUAGAUGAUGUGUUAUAUUUAUUGCUAUAUAUACAUCCACAUAAUUCUUCUACCUUUUUUUCUUCCCGAUUCCUUUUAAGCCAUUAUCUUCAAUCUCGUUACUAACUGCUAUUUGUUUUUCCUCCGCGAGGGAAUUUAAUGUGUUACUGUUUCACAGAAUGUAUAUCAGGGAAGCGCUCUGGUGAUUUUGAAUCUUUCAUGAAUCAUGAUGAUAAUAACAGCGCUUCUGAUUCCGAGUUUUAAUGGCAAUUUAAAAGCUCGUGCAAUG